AUGGAAAGGAGAGCCUCGUUCCUUUUUUGUUUCGGGUUUCUCGUGGCGGCGUUUCGACCGCAGCCCUGUGCUGGAGUGACCUCUGCCGGCGGCGUGCACAGGAGGACAGCAGAGGAAGACGGCAUCGAUAUCUUUGGUUGUUCCCAGCACGCGGCCGUUGGGGCCGCCCCCGCGUCAACGUCGGGACCCGCUCCCUUCGUGCCAAGCAGGGGCAGCGCAGCCCUCCGCUCGGCCAGGCCGACCACGGUCCUUGGCCCGCAUGGCCUUCGCCUCAGUUUCACGCUCGCUGCCGGCCGCGCGCCCCUCCCCGCCAGGGAGGCGCUCCGCUUCCCCUGCCGCCCGACGAGGCGACUGCACAGAGUUCGGCGGCACCACCGCUGA